AUGAGGGCCGGCUUCAGCCUGGGUCGGUUUUGCAUUCGCCCGGCGCUUCGACAAUGUGCCGGUGGACCGCGUCUCCUCUCCAAUUGCCGGCUACACCGCACCACGCGACAGAUACCAUGGCCGGCGAGGAGACUGGUGCUGCGGGCUUCGGCCGGUGUCGCCGCGCUGGGCACCGCCACCUUUGUUGAACUCGCGCGCCAAGACUACAGCGGCACAGACGAGACGGGUGAGCAUCGAAUGCUGGAGCUGUCGAGGGAGGAGAUUCGCAAAAAAGUGCCCGAAGAGGACCGCGGUCUGACGCGCAUCGCCCACGAGGUCAUUCUGUUCCUCGACGUCUAUGUCUGGGAGCCCAUUUGCACCGGCAUCCGCUUUCUGCAGCUUGUCGUCAUCUUCGUGCCCGUCAUAGCCACCGUCCCUGCCAUCUGGCUAGGCAGAAGGCAGCCGGACCGCGACCAUGAGAGGAGCGGCACGCUCUGGUGGUAUGGCUUCCUGGUGAGGGCCAUGGAACUGGCCGGCCCGGCCUUCAUCAAGCUGGGCCAGUGGGCGGCGUCACGCACCGACAUCUUCCCCAACGAAAUGUGCGACACCAUGUCCAAGCUGCACUCUAACGCCCCCGCGCACUCGAUGCGCAAGACGCGCGAGACGGUGCGGGCCGCUUUUGACGGGCGCGACUUUGGCGACAUCUUUGACGAGUUCAACGAGAAGCCUCUCGGCGUCGGCGCCAUUGCGCAGGUCUACAGAGCCAAGCUCAAGCCCGACCUCGCGGCGCCCAGGGACGGCGACAUCUCGGCGCGGCCCAGUGACCUGGCGCAAAACGUCCGGCGCAACGUCGAGACGGUACUCAAGAGCUCGCCAAAGCGCGUGCCCUCGAGCUACGUCGCCGUCAAGGUGCUGCACCCAAACGUCGAGCGGACGGUGCGGAGGGACCUGAAGAUUAUGGGCUUCUUCGCGGCUGCGCUCAACGCCAUUCCAACCAUUGAGUGGCUUUCUCUGCCCGACGAGGUUGCGCAGUUUGGCGAGAUGAUGAAGCUUCAGCUAGACCUGCGCAUUGAGGCGGCCAACUUGGAAACGUUUCGGCAAAACUUCAAGGACCGCUCCACCGCCUGGUUUCCGUACCCCUACGCACAAUUUACCACGCGCAACGUGCUGGUCGAAGAGUACGCCCAGGGGAUCCCCAUGGCCGACUUCAUGGAGAACGGAGGGGGCGUGUUCCAGCACGACAUUGCUGACGAGGGACUGGACGCGUUCCUGCGCAUGCUGCUCAUCGACAACUUUGUUCAUGCCGACCUGCACCCGGGCAACAUCAUGGUGCGCUUCUACCAGGCCGCCCAGCCCGAGCUGCGUCUCCGCAGGCCCCGCGACAAGAGCGCCCACGACGACCAGCCCGACGUGACGGAGCAAGUCCUCGAGCGCCUUCGCCCCUUCCGGCACCGCAAGAACCGGGCAGCCUGGGAGGCCGAGCUCGCCAAGAUCGACGCCGAGGGCUAUCGCCCGCAGCUCGUCUUCAUCGACACGGGCCUCGUCACGGAGCUGAGCGCCUCCAACCGCGAAAACUUCCUCGCCCUGUUCCGCGCCGUCGCCGAGUUUGACGGCUACAAGGCCGGCCACCUCAUGUGCGAGCGCUGCCGGCAGCCCGACGCGGUGCUGGACAAGGAGGUCUUUGCGCUCAAGAUGCAGCACCUCGUCCUGAGCGUCAAGAGCCGCACUCUCGCCCUGGGCAGCGUCAAGAUCGGCGACGUCCUGCAGCAGGUGCUGAGCAUGGUGCGCAACCAUCACGUCCGCCUCGAGGGCGACUUUGUCAACGUCGUCAUCAGCAUCCUGCUGCUUGAGGGCAUCGGCCGCAGCCUCAACCCGGACCUGGACCUGCUGAGCAGCGCCCUGCCCAUCCUGCGGCAGCUGAGUGCCCAGAGCGGUGCCGAGAUGGCCAAGAAGGGGGACUUUUCCAUGCUCAUGGUCUGGAUGGGCCUGGAGACGAGGAGGUUCCUUCAAGCCAGCGUUGAAGAUGUUGAACGGUGUGUCAAAUAUGACCUUUUAUCGCCCAAUGUGUAA